CAGGACUUCAUUGGCCAACACCGCGAGACCGCGCUUGGCGCAACACACACUGCAGUGCACCAUCCACCUCAGCUUUCCCGAAUCUUGUCCAAAGCAGCAAUCGAAACCAUUCUCCAAGGCCCGACAUCCAAACCUGUCGCAUAUUUACCAGUCACCAGACACUCCAUCCUCACCGGUUUGUCAACAGCGCGGCUCCGCUUCGGCCCGCAUUCGACCAUCCACCGACACAUCGCCCAAACACACAUGGCUACCGAUGCCAGGGACUCCUCUGAGGCCCUCGUUCAGGCAAACCCACAACUCAAAUCGUACUACGAAUCUCUCGAAUCGCGCAUUGGCUAUCGCCUUCUGCUCGGCGGCACUCGGCAUUUUGGAUAUUAUGAAGAUGGCGCGAAAUGGCCCUUCCCUAUAGGGCGCGCCCUACGUGCCAUGGAGGAGAGACUCUUCCGCGCGUUAGAUCUCCCCGAGGGCUCGCAAGUGCUUGACGCUGGCUGCGGUGUCGCCCACGUAGCCAUGUAUAUGGCCCGUCAUGGGCUCCGCAUCACGGGCAUCGAUAUUAUCGACCACCAUAUCACAAAGGCGAAGCGGAACAUUGCCCGCUCAGGCCUCCCGCCCGGCCAAGUUACCGUCCAGAAAAUGGACUAUCAGCACCUGGAAUCCAUCCCUGACCAGUCGCACGAUGGCGUGUACACCAUGGAGACCUUUGUUCACGCCACCGACCCGGAGAAGGCGCUGGCCGGCUUCUAUCGCAUUCUCAGGCCCGGGGGGAGGCUUGUCCUCUUCGAAUAUGACCACAACAUGGGUGUCGAGGAACACAUACCGAAGCAUGUAGUCGACGACAUGAACAAAGUGAACAAGUAUGCCGCCAUGCCUACCAAUGCUCGCUCCCACAAAGGCGUCUUUACUCGCAUGCUCGAGGACGCUGGGUUUACCGAUGUCAGGGUCGAGGAUUACUCCAAGAACAUCCGCCCCAUGUUGUGGCUGUUUUACGUCCUCGCAGCCAUACCCUACUACAUUGUCAAAUUUCUCCAUCUCGAGCGUUACUUCAUCAACACAGUCGCAGGCGCCCAGGGUUAUCUACAUCAAGAACACUGGCGCUAUGUGGCUAUAUCCGCCACCAAGCCGGGAGAACGAAUAGAAAGCGCGAAGACGAAGUAAGGUAGCUUUGCGAUGAUGUUUGCCAGGGUUUUCCUUCGCAUGCAUGGAAAGGUUCGCGCGCUACAUAUACACUCAAGUCAUUGUUCCUACCUACAACGACCUAAAAUAAAACUACCUAGGUACAUCAGCCAGGGGUCAACUUAGGUACUAUAUUGAUACAGUACCACUGUACAAAGGUCGAGGCCAAAAGUCAUUCUGCACUCAUGUUAUACCAAGGUUGUCCAGGCAUAGACCACACAGUAUCCUAAUAGGCUUGGUAAACACACCAUCUACGGUCGCCAGGGCCUUGAUAUCGUCUUACAGUGACUGGAGGGGCGCGGUGUGUUAUAGCCCCUCGUAGGGGCCAUGGCGCAUACCUACAGACCACAGUGCAAUACAGCUACAAUCUUGUAAGUAUUGAGGUAAAUGCGGAC